UAGGAUUCUAGUCGGCCGGCAGUCGUUGAAGUGGCGCGUCGGCUCCGCGGGGCGGCGGGGGCGGCAAUGGAGCGUGUCCCGCCUUGCGAGGCUCCUGCGGUCUCCCCAUUCAGAGAGGGGCUCUUCCACUUCCCAAAGGCGCCGGUGAAAAAGCAAGCGGUAAAGCGGCACUACCACAAGCACAACCUGCGGCAUCGCUACGAGUUCCUGGAGACGUUGGGCAAAGGCACCUACGGCAAAGUGAAGAAGGCGAGGGAGCGAUCCGGCAAGCUGGUUGCUAUCAAGUCGAUCCGGAAAGAUAAAAUCAAGGAUGAGCAGGAUCUUCUCCAUAUUCGAAGGGAAAUUGAAAUCAUGUCUUCUCUCAAUCAUCCCCACAUCAUUGCUGUUCAUGAAGUAUUUGAAAACAGUAGCAAGAUUGUCAUUGUGAUGGAAUAUGCCAGCAAAGGAGAUCUUUAUGAUUACAUUAGUGAACGUCAGAGAUUGACGGAGCAGGAAGCUCGGCACUUCUUCAGGCAAGUGGUGUCGGCAAUCUAUUAUUGUCAUAAGAAUGGAAUUGUUCAUAGAGAUCUGAAGUUAGAAAAUAUUCUUUUGGAUGCAAAUGGAAAUAUUAAGAUUGCAGAUUUUGGCCUUUCCAAUGUUUUCCAACAAGAUAGGCUUCUUCAAACCUUCUGUGGCAGUCCCCUCUAUGCAUCUCCUGAGAUAGUUAAUGGAAGGCCUUACAAAGGACCGGAGGUUGACAGCUGGUCUCUUGGUGUUCUUCUCUAUAUUUUGAUCCAUGGCACAAUGCCAUUUGAUAGCCAUGAUUACAAGACACUGGUAAAACAGAUUACAAGAGGAGAUUACAAAGAGCCCACCAAACUUUCAGGUAAAUUGAAAUCUGAUAAGGGGUUUUCUGCCUAGGAAAUAAUUCCACUUUAUUUUUAUUAAUCAGACAACACUUUGAAUACUGUUUUUAUUGCAGUAAUAAAAAGGAGUAUUUUUCCAAGGCUUACAUUUAUAUUUCAUGUGAUUCCAAGAAGAACUGAAAACAAGAUAUUAAAUUAGUGGCAGAGAAAACUUUAUAAUUCAAAAAGGCCAACGAUUAAGUGUAAUAAAAGAAGGAAGUAUUGCAUUAUUUGACAAAGUAACAAAAUUAGUGGAAUGCCGUCGAUAUAGUUAACUUCAGUAAGACAUU